GAAAAGUUUCAUCUUGACGAGUUUUUCGCCGUUUUAAAGUUGCAAUUUUUACAGGGAAAAGUUUGACUUUAAUGGUUGAAAAGUUUUCCAAAACAGAACGUGCCCGGGCCCGGAACUGGAUUACGUGAAUUCAAGCGCGGUCAAUUCUUUGGAAUAGUGGAAAAUUGGGCUGAAGGCUGAUGGAAUAGUGAUUUCUGUUGGAUCGGGCUAGGAUUUUCCUCCCAAAAAUUGCAAAAGUGGGCUCCAUCAUCGUCGUCAUCGCCGUCGUCAGUCGGGCAGCCGUCGACAUCGCGGGGCUGGCAUUCAGCCUCCAGGAUUUUUUUGUGCUGUUCGGCCCUCGCUCGCAAUGUAUGGUGAUAAAAGUUAGACAUUUUAUUCGAUUGCGAUGUGAAAGUGAAUGUGAGAGUGAAAUAAUGGGGGCUGCGAAAAAAAGAUAUCUGAUGCAGUCUGCCAGGAUGAUGGAAGCUCGGGCGCUUUCUUAGGCAUUUAAAAGAAGUGAAAAUUUCUGUUCAAAGUGGUUGGAAAUGGUGACUAUUUCCUGUGGCGAGUCGUUCGAGGAAAAAUAGUAGCCAGGAAUGCGUGAUACGAUGUCAAAAGUGUUGGACAGUGAUACGGAAUCGGAGAUACCAGCCAGUAUUCAAAGUAACAACAAUAGUGAACCAAAUACGGAUAAUGAGGAGAAACCGGAAGCGGACGCCCUUCCUGUUGAGAGGGCAUCGCUUUCAGCAGUGGAAAACGGAAACAUCAGCGAUACGGAUAGCAUAUGCAGCAACCAGAGCAAUGCUCGAAUAUUGGCCAACGGAAAUGCUCUCCAGACCGCCGGACCAAGUCUUCCUUUAGUCAGAGCACCAAGCCCACCAGCAGCUACUACCAACGGUAACAGCUUAUCCAGCUGUACAUCGAAUAACCCAAACACCAGCGGCAACAUCAGUUCCGGUAGUAGUAGUAGCAGUAUCAGCAAUCCGAAUUCGAACCGCAACACGGCAGGUACGCCGGUGGCCCUCGCGGCUGCUGGUGAUCGGGUGAGGAAGUACCGGCACCAGAACUUUAGCAAGAAUAUCUACAUCGGUACGAAAAAUGCGGAAAAGUGGGACACCUUGCGGAAUCUAUUGCAGUUCAAGAACGACGUGGAAUUCGUUACCUUCCUGCUCCGGCUUGCGGAGGUGGAUGAUCGGAAACGGAAAAAUCGAAUAGCGAAUGGGCUAAACGGUGAUGCCGACUCUCUGCAAGAUGUUCCGCCAGGUGUACUGGCCAGCAGCAAAAGCGACCAAUCGAACGGAAAACCUAGCACUAAGAAAACCAAGAGAGUACAAUUCCAGGAAAAUGUAAAUAUAAUCAACGACAACAAUAGCAGUAGCAGUAUGCGAAUCUCUGGCGGUGGCCCAGGGGUAUUUGACUUCCACGAAGACGACGAUGAUAACGAGCACGGGAUAGAGUUUCGGCGUCGGCGACCGCGGGCACAGCAGCCGUUGAGAUCUCCCCUACCGCCCAAUGAGGAUGAUCACGGAGAUGAGGAUGCUGCUGCCGAUGGCGGCGACGAAGACGAGGAGCGAUUCAUUGUGCAGAAUAUUAUCAAAAAGAUUCCGGGAAGGGUCGGACAAAAUGGCAAUGAAGUGCAACAGGAUUCCAUUAGUAGUACAAUGGGGUCGGUGUCGGAGGAUUCGUUGCAUACCGAAACGGAAGUAUUGGAUUAUCGUAUCGCAGAGAAAAUAAAAACCGAAUUGGAAGAGAAGCAAAAACUCGAGCGAAAAUCGUUUGGGGAAGAUAUGCCAUCGACUUCGAAUUUCUCGGAACAUUCCGAUCGUCCCUCGGAUGACGAAGCAUACGAUAAUAAGUUGGACAUAAAGAAGAUCGAUAUACGGAAAGCACCGUUUGAUCCGAAGCUCGGAACGAGUAGGAAAAUAAAAAGAGAAACGGGGUCAGUUGAUCUUCGAAUAGAAUACGAAGAGCAAGAAUAUCGACCGUUGACUCCGGACGAACGCAAACCUCUGCUACCGCCGCCUAAGAAGCCUAGAAAAGCGCCUACAACGAAAAACAAAGCCUGUACGGGAUGCGGUUUGAAACAUGGAACCGAUCCAUGCCCACUGAAUUCUCCGUUGGCAGUGAUCAGCAACAAAAUCGAGCUUAAUGAUUGGAUAGAACAAAACGAAGACCUAAUAAAGAAGCACAAAAUUAUACUGAAACCAGAAAAUCCAGAAGACAUGGACGAUGAAAAUGAAGACAACUACGAUGACGACGAGGAGGAAGACGAAGGAGAUGAGAACGAGGAUAAUCCUUUCGAAGAGAAACUCGACAUCAUUCCAUCAUUUUCCGAAACCUCGCUACCGUCAGAGUUCGAACUUCGAUUAGCGCCACUAGCAACAACGAUCAGCACAGUUACUGCUGCGAGUACUGCAAAUGUUGGUCAGCAAAUGCAAAUCGAUGCCAGUGAGUCAUCGUGUUCGUUGGCUGCGUCACAAUCCGGUGAGCAACAAUCCACACAACUUCCUCCACCAACGGCCACGGUUACCAAUACGAUAAACCACGGACUGAGUAUUUUCACAAAAAUAUUCAUCCCGAAGUAUACCCAACUUGGUCCGGUCAUAGGCCUCAUUGCGAAGGAAACGGAAAUUCAGGACGACUGCAACAUGCGGUACAUCUACGAAACGUUCGAUGGAACCAAGUCGUUGUACAUCAACAUGGAGAACAAGAAUCAGGCCAACUGGUUGCGCUACCUGCGACCGGCUCGGCAUCGUGAUCAGAAGAACUGCGUGCUGAAGGUUCGCAACGAGCAGAUUGUGUUCGUGACCAGUGUGGAUCUGGAUGUGGGCAGUGAGUUGCUGUACUGGAGUGACGAAAGCAAUUCAGCUUGGGGCAAGAAGAAAAUGGAGAAAACGAAUUGCGGUGGAUGUAAUUUGAAGUUUGACCAUCCCUUGUACUACCGCACACACUGUUCGGUAUUCCACGAUCCGGCCUUCAGUUUAACCAUUCGGAAGUACCACUGCAAGGUAUGCGGGAUUGCGGUGCUUGGAAAGGAGAAUAUCAUGAAACAUGCAGAGAAAAUGCAUGACGGUAAAGGAGCUUAUCAGUGCCAGUUCUGCUCGAAGUUCUUCCUCCGUCUGAAUUACCUGGAGAUGCAUCGAACGUACGGCUGCAGUAUGAAUCCUCAGCGUGCGCGCCCGCUGUGCGACUUCUGUGGUCGGAAGUUCUGCCAACCGCAAAAACUGAAGGUUCACAUCAAACGAAUGCACAGCGACAUGGCCGAAGUACUGCGGGACUUCCAGUGUAAGCUGUGCUCAAAGCUCCUGGGAUCGCGAGCGGCCCUGCAACGCCACUCCAAAGAGGUGCACAGCCGUAACUCCGCUGUUGUCAGCUGCCCGCGGUGCCAGAAACUGUUCCAGAACAGAAGCAACCUAAAAAUUCACAUGUUGACCCACUCCGGGGUGAGACCAUUCAAGUGUGCAGAGAACGAGUGUGCAGCAGCCUUUACAACGAAGCAGUGUCUCCAGUUCCACUACAAAAAGGUGCAUGGAUAUACGCAGGAGCAGAUGCCGAAGAUCGAGCGCAGCGUGGCGUACACAUUUGAUGCAUAUUCGGGUGGUAUGAAUGAUGGAUUGGUUGAUCUUCUUACAGAUGGGCUUCAGCGCAGGCAGCGUAGGAAGCUGGAACCGGGCGAAGAAGGUGGCAGCGAGAAAAGGAAACGACCGCCGAAAGAUCUGCCUGGAAACAUCCUGAAGACGAAGAAUAUAUUGGAGUCAUUCAGUGAAAUAUGCAAAAACGAUAGCAAUUUAUCGUUAUUGUCAACAAAGAUUUCUUCGAUAUUGAGUGGAAAUUUGAAGGACUUUGGAAAGGUGCCUGGAGGGUUACCUGGUUUGGAUGGCGAAGGGGUUCGAAAGGAAGAACUGGAUGACGAUCUGGAUUCAAAUGAAUGUGGUGAACGAGACGAGCGUUUGGAGGCAAUUCAGCGUCAUCUGAAUCAACCGUUGUCGGAUGAAAAACACGACGAGUUCAGUCAACUGCACUCGCGUUUAUCGAACAUAUCAGCACAGAGCGAACAGAAUGCAAUGCACUACAAGCUGUCCAGCAAUGAAGAUGAGAAACCGUUGACCGAUGGAGAUGGGUUCGGUGAUUUGAACUCACUGGCAGCGAGUAAUCAGAAAUAUAAAGAAUUUAUGAACGGUGGAAAUCCGGGACUGGUUAUUAGUAAGGGUAGCAAAAAAUGGAUUAGUGAUAACGGUCACAUGCAAGAUGACAACAAUUCGGAGAAUAUGUUGGCGGCGGCAGCAAAUCGGGAUUUUCUGACAAAGUUGAUUAUGAAUGGCGGAAAUGUGGGUCACAAUUCUUCGCAUAACCAUGUGGCGGAUGAUGACGAGGACGAUGAUGAUAACUCGACUAUUUUGGAUGUGGUGGACAACCAAAAUCAACAGAACACCAAUGUACAAAAUCAACAGCAGUCACAGCAACAGCAGCAGCAACAACAACAGCAGUAUACAUCAAGUUUUGCAGGAUUGAAUAAUUCCUUACCAGAUUUGCCUGCUUUCCAAAGCCACUCGUUCCCGACACAUUUCAAUCAUCAAUCACUGUUGGGGAGCUUCUACAACAAUAAUAGUGGAGUGACAGGUCGUAAUGCCAUCAAUACGAUACCCACAUCAGCCAGCAUGUUGGUAGAAGCGGCUUUGAAUUCAGUGAGUAACAUCAUUAACGAAGCAGAAAUGAAUAACAACAGCAACGAAAAUCAGAAUCUUCAUAUGGGAGACAUCGAUGGCGGCAGUGCGACACCCGCUGAGAACAACCUGCAAGCAGAUUCCUUCAAUACGGAAGGCAUUAAUGGUUCGGUGGACGAACUGAAGAUGCUUAAGCCGCAUGGCUUCCCACUUCCUAUGAACUCUAUGUCUCAGUUUUCGACGCACUCUCCGGAUGAUGCCAGUAUUAUACAGGAACGCAGCGAGCUCGAGGUUCGACCGAAAUCACGCGACAAGCUGCCGAACUAUAACGAUGGUGAAAUGCUUGGCUAUGACGAUCAACCUCAUCAGCAACAACAGCAAUCACAGUCAUCCCUACACAAGCACACUCCUAGCGUAGAUUCGGUGCGUAGUGCAUUGUCUCCAGAUCAGAAUGACUUCAACUUUUCCAACUCGAACGGAGCUCAAAGACAACAGCAACAACAGCAGCCACAACAAACGGCUACGGACUCACCUGCUCGAUCUGUCUCAAGACAAAUUUAUGGAGAGCAUGAUUUGAUUUCUCCAGCAUCCACACCGUCGCUACCAAGGUACGACUUUGGGGCAGAUAACAAUAGCUAUGCACGACGACAGGAAAAAAAUAUUAGCUCUUUAGCUUUAGAGAAUUUUGAAUCCAACCUGAAGAGCCAACAUCACAUGCAGCACUUAUCUAGUGACGAGGACAGCAGUAUUGUGAUUGCUGAAAACUUGUCCGUUAAUGCAAGCAAUAGUGAAUCAAAACUGAAGAUUACGAAUCCAACCUCCGGUGGAGACUUCAUCACUCCGAAUGGUGGCAGUGGUGGCAAUAAAUAUGACACAGGACGCAAUAACUUGGGACCGGAUUUAUCGACAGACCUUAGAUUGAAGUACAAUUCGGAACCCAAUGUAGAUCUUCCAGAUUUUCGUUCCAGCAAUGCUAUGAAUGAAUCAUCGGACUUCCAAGGCCUGGACAUGACUUCCAGAGCAGGGCUUCCAUCGAGCUACUCGCACAGCAAUUUCCAAGUACCAUCAAGCGGCGGUAAUCUGAACUUCAACCGAUAUCAUCACCAUAUCUACGACAUUCUCAACGAACGUGAGCAGCACCAGCAGCAACAACACCAGCAACAGCACCACCAGCAGCAGCAAGAAUUUCAACUGCAGCAACAGCAACAACAACAAAUGCAGCAUAUGAUUCAGGACCACAUUGGCCAAGACACUGAACCGGAACAACCAGCAUCAGUGGACCUCAGCCGCACAUCCAACUACUUGGUUCCAUCACCUCCUUCCCCCGCCCUUCCUUAUUCCCAUCCACAUCCUGAUAUGAUUCGUAUGGUUUCCCUUGAUCUGAGUGCAAACAGCGGAGGAAACAUGAUUGUCGGGAACGCCCCUCAUCAUGUCCGUCAUCCAUCCUUUUUGUCCUCGCAGAUUCAGCAUUCCAAUCGCGACUCCCUUCCCGACCAUCAUCGACUGUUGGCGAGCGAACAACUUGCUGCCACAAACCAUCGAUUGUUAGUUGACCCGGCCGCACAUUUGAUAUUCGAACAGAACAAUCGCCUUCUUGCAGAAACCCCAGGACCGCCACCUACCCCAAGACACGUCGUGUCUCCGCAACGAGGCUUCGGAGCCUACCAUCAUCACCAUCACCACCAGGUUGGAUCGUCCAACUAUCAUCACCAUUCAGUUAAGCAAAAUUUGACCUCUCCUCCGUUGAAUCAGCACGCUUCGGCAGCUGCAAACUAUCAUCCCUUCCCGACCUACUACUGAGCAUAGUGGUCAUCGUGGAAUCAACUGUCACGACAAAUCUGAAGCACAGAGGACACUGUAGAACGAGUAGAACGAGCUCAAAAAUGUUAUAUGAGAAAAGUACCCACCAAAACCAAACUAAAAGAAAAUUGUAAAAAGGCAACCGAAAGUUUCGGUAUACGAAAGAAAGAAUAACCAUUUGUUGGAAGUAUUUACGGAUUAUGAGCAUGCAUGAUUCAUUAAGCAAAUCCAUGUGGCACAUGAGGCUUAUCACAACUCAAUUCGCAAAAUGAGUUUAGUGGGCAAUAUUUUAAUUGUUUUUACUGUGCAAUCAAUUGUAUUUUUGUCAUUGUAACAAUCAAUACGAUCUCUAUUUUUGUCCGUUACCGUACUUAAAUUAAUCGCAUAAAAUCAAUCAAAAAGAAAACGACGAUAUCGCGCAAAAUGGUAAAAUUUACACAUAAUGAAACAUUAUAAAUGUUUUUCGUCCUAUUUUUGUUUAAUAUCUAUUAUUAGCACGAAUUGAACAGUGAGUUGCUUUCCAGCAGCUGGUAAAAAUCUUACCAUAGUUUGUAAUAUUUAUUCUGAAUAAAUUAGACAAGAGGGAGGACUAAAAUUUAACAUACCAAGAUAUACCAAAACCCAUACGCAUACAGAUGAAUCGACAGCAUUGUGCCAAAAACUGAAUAACAGGAGAAAAUAAACAGUACGAAUAAACGAGUGUUCUUUUGUUUGUUUAACAAUCUUAUCAAACAAAAAUCAUCAGUCUUGUCAGUCAGUCGUUUUAUUAGUAUUAGCUGUAACUGAUAUUUAUAAAUAGAUUAUAACACAAAAAGAAACCAUAGUCUGUAUCUGUGUAACACAUUGGUCGCCACUAAAAUAAAAGAAAAGUGUUCUAUUAAAAUGUGGCAUUAGUUCCACACAAAAAUACGAGAAAGGCAAAUAAAAACAAUUGUACUCAUAUAGAAAUAUCCAGGAAAUCAAUUGAACUCACUACUCCAAGCUGUUCCAACAAGGCAUGCGCUAGCUCAUUUUUUGACCAAUAGUGAUCAACAAUAAACCAGUGAGCCCCAAACGAUAUAAGUUUUGGUGACGCAUUAGAGCUACAAAGGAGAUGUUUCACUAGCGAACAUAUUCAUCAACUACUUAACGCAACACUUUUCACCACAUAGAGAAGAGAAAACCAAUAAUCUCCAGAACAAAUUUAGAUGCAAAAUAUGAAAAAAAAAUCAAUCUGGCAUAUGUAUGAUACGAAAAAUAAAUAAAGCAAAAUGAACAUGAA